AAAGAGGGCAAGAGGGAGUGGGGACAGCAGAGAGGCUGUUGAAGCCCCUGCCUCCAACUUCUUCUUCUUCUUCCUGCAGAAGCCAGGGGACAGCAAGGAGACCACAGCAGAGACAUCCAGCUGCACAGGGCAGGACUCAGCACAGAGAGGGGACUGAACCCAGGGCAUGGAUCUCUGCAGGGUCCUUUUCUUCUCUCUGGGCUUUCUGACCUGUCUGGGCAAGAUGGCAAUGACACCCAAAGAUCUCCUGUUCUUUAUGGAGACCAUGGAGCAGCCCAGAAGCCGAAAGCCAUCCGUCCGCACUGGGCACAUCCACCAGCUAGAGCAGCUUCUGCUGAAUGUCUCUUUCCCUGGCCACAACCUGACCCUACAGACGCGCACCAUCCAGUCUCUGGUCUUCAAGCUGGCCUGCAACUUCACGGGCCUCUCCCUGAGCAGUGCGGCCCUGGAGCAGGGCCCCCAGCUCCAGGCCCUGCAUACCAUGCAGUUCCCCGCAGAGCUGACCUGGGAUGCCUGCAGCAGGACCAGGCUUGCGGAACUGCGCCUCAUCUGCAUCUACUUCUUCACUAACAAGUUCUUCCAGGAUGACAGCAACUCAUCCUUGCUCAAUAACUAUAUCCUGGGAGCCCAGCUGGGCCAUAGACCUGUGAACAACCUCAGAGAUCCAGUCAACAUCAGCAUCUGGCACAACCAAAGCCUGGAAUUCUACACACUAACCUGCGUCUUCUGGAAGGAGGGGGACAGCCAGCACUCCCAGGGGGGCUGGAGCCCUGAGGGCUGCCGCACAGAGCAGCCUUCCCCUUCCCAGGUGCUCUGCCACUGCAACCACCUCACCUAUUUUGCUGUUCUCAUGCAGCUCUCCCCAGCCCAGCUCCCCACAGAGCUGCAGGCACCUCUGGAGUAUAUCUCCCUGGUGGGCUGCAGCGUCUCCAUCCUGGCCUCACUGCUUGUCAUCCUGCUGUACAUCCACGACAGGAAGCAGAGUGACUCCAUCGCAAGCAUCCAUGUGAACCUGCACGUCUCCGUGCUGCUCCUGAACGUCACCUUCCUUCUGAGCUCCACUUUGGCCGUGGCCCCCGUGCCUGGGGUUGCGUGCACGGCACUGGCUGCCACCCUUCACUACACUCUGCUCAGCUGCCUCACCUGGAUGGCUAUGGAAGGCUUCAACCUCUACCUGCUCCUGGGCCGCGUCUACAACAUCUACAUUCACCACUACGUGCUCAAACUCUGUGCACUGGGCUGGGGGGUUCCGGCCCUCCUGGUGCUGCUUCUCCUCACUGUGAAGAGCUCCGUGUAUGGACCCUGCACAAUCCCACUCGUCCACAACCAGGAAAACCACACAGGCUUCCAGAAUGUGUCCAUGUGCUGGGUGUGUAGCCCAGUGGUGCACAGUGUGCUGGUCAUGGGCUAUGGUGGCCUCAUGUCCCUGUUUAACCUGGUGGUGCUGGCCUGGGCGCUGUGGGCCCUGCGCAGGCUGCGAGCUGGCCAGAAGGCACCGAGGACCCAGGCCUGCCGGGACACUGUCACCGUGCUAGGCCUCACUGUACUGCUGGGCACCACCUGGGCCUUAGCUUUCUUCUCCUUCGGCAUCUUCCUGCUGCCCCAGCUCUUCCUCUUCACCAUCUCCAACUCGUUCUAUGGCUUCUUCCUCUUCCUGUGGUUCUGCUCCCAGAGGUGCCACUCCCAAGCAGAGGCUAAGACAGAGAUGGAGAGGAUCAGCUCUUCCCAGAUGACCACACACUGACCUGGCCUCCUGGUCUGGAGCCCCAGGUCCUGGCUCACAGCACAGGAGGAUGAUGGCCUUAACUCAAAGCACACCCUACCCAAAGAUGGAGAAGCGCCAGUCCUUCCCAGGUCUCCCGCUCAGUGCUCCAAACACCUGGGUUUCCAGGAGAUAAAAGGGAGUGCUUCAUUCCUUGCAGCUGAGCCCGCUGGGCCUCAGGGACCCUGCUGUUAGAUGAUAGGACUGGACUGGGUUUUCUCUGGUGGACAAUCAGAUGUGGGUGCGAAAUCACAAGCUCUGACCACACUUGCAGAGCAUCACUAUUGCCUCAGACCUGCCUGCCAGAGGGGAAGAGAAGGCCCUCGAAUCCAGUGCUUUUCCCAACAUGGACACCAGGGGGAGCUGCUGAUCUGUACGCAGCGCCAUUGGCUUCCUAAACUGGGGUGGUCAAGGGUCUGUGAAACCAGAGCUUCCUCGGGAGAAUCUGCUACCUCCAGGACUGAGCUCCCUGGAUGCUGGCCAGGUGAUUUCAGGGAAAGGCCGAUCUUGUGCUGCAUCCAUGCGUCUCUUUCUCCAGUGUACCUGGCAGAGGUUGUUUUCCAGGGGGCUGGGCCUCAGGCAUUAGAACAGCUGGUGGAAGUAGAUUUCUACUCCAGCUCAUCAGACAGUUUUAUGCCCUUGAGCCUCACAGGAAGGGAAAUGGAUCGCUGUCCUGUGUGUGUGUGUGUGGGGGGGGAUCCACUACCAUUCUGUAUAUCUCUGGAUGAUACUUGCUAGCUGUGUGACUGGAAAAGUCACUCCACUUCUUUGUGCCUUUGUCUUUCCAGUUGUUCAACUAUUUUGAAGAUUGAGUAAAAUAAUCCACGUGGAGGCUUGGCUCAGA